AUGCCUGCAGCUCCAACUUCAAUACAGGUGGCUUUUAACCUGUGUAGCUGGUACGAGCAAGGGCAAGACUCUCAAAUCGCCAAAUACACAGCUGAGUUACUUGCCUUCAAGAGUUCCAAGAAGCUCAAAGUGCAGCAGGACUAUAGGGAAGGUUCGAUCUACCGGUGGCAACAAGGAGGUGCGCUAGGACCCAGGAGAAGAAAGGCGGAUUGGCGCAUGUGCAGACCUGCGUUCAGGAGAGACGGCAGUGGAACCGGCAGCAGCGGAAGUGAAAGGAGCAGAUCCGGAUCACCGCAGAACAGACCGCCACGACCGGCAGUUUCUCCCUCUCCGUCUUUUUUAGGAGUAGGAGAGGGGGCGCAAGGCAGGAGCGAAGAGAUUCCGGGCCACAGCACUACAGGAAGGACACCCGCAGGGGCAAAAGGAGCAGCGGCAGCAGCUCCCAUCACAACCCGCGCACAGCAAGCUCAGAAACAGAAGAGAAGAUAUGAUCUUCAACUUAUCAGCAUAUCGCCUGAGGGAGGCAGAAAAGGCUCUGCUACAGAGGGGACUUGGAUUCGUUCCAUCGAUUGUAGAUUCCCCUUAAACAAGGAUGUCUUUAUAAUCCCAGAGCAGCAGUUUUUCGUUGGAACUGAAAUAACCUUUGCUUGUGAUUCUGGAUAUCAAAGAGAGAGGAAAAAAAAUGGAGUAUAUGACUGUGUCAGUUAUUCAGGAGUCCUUAAGUGGACAGGAGAUCUGAAAUGCAAACCUUUGACAACAGAGAAAGAAGGCACAAGAUCAACUAACAGUGAUCAAAAUCAGAAACUUGAAGAAAAACAAUACAACCAUACAGAAAUCUGUGGUCCUUUGCCACGUAUACCGAAUGCCGGUCUGAUUUCUUCUAUAACAAUUCCAGUGGGACGAGAGUUGAAUUACAGGAAUUUAACAAGUGGAACCAAUAUGACCAAGAAGUGCACGACUAAAUCUGGGAACACAACUAAAAAUAACCUGAUCAAGGACAGCGCAAGCCAUAGUAUGGAUGUAAAAACAUGUACUGGAUCAUCAAUAACUUCGCAAGCAUCAUCAACUCAAACUAUAAGAGUUGUUGAUGGAGGCAUGCUUGGAGUUGUUGCAUUCAUAUUUUUCAUUUCAGUCGUUGCCUAGGUAGACUGGAAGAAAACAAUGUUGCCAGAGAUAUCUUUGAUAUAAAAGUUAAUGUUGCAACACACAACAGAAUGAAGUUUUCAUGGCUAAUACAGUUUCAGCCUACAUGCAAACCUAUACAUUCAAACAAAUAAAUAAAGCAUUUUUAAAGAAAA